AUGGAUGGCACUGUUUUGGAUAAUCAGACUCUCUAUCGACAGUUAGUUAGCGGUCUCGUCUACUUGACUGUCACUCGACUAGACAUCGCCUAUCCGGUUCAUGUACUUAGUCAGUUCUUGUCAGCUCCUUGUACUCAUUAUGCGGCAGUUUUUCGCAUUCUUCGCUACAUCAAAGGCACUCUAUUUCAUGGCCUUUAUUUUUCUGCCCAUUCCUCUUUGUCUCUUCAGGCUUACUUCGAUGCUGAUUGGGCUGGUGAUCCCAUUGAUCAUCGUUCUACUACUGGUUACUGUUUGUUUCUUGGCGACACUCUCAUUUCUUGGCGUGCUAAGAAGCAAACGUUCACUGCUCGCUCAAGCACAGAAGCUGAGUAUCGUGCUCUCGCUGACACCACUGCUGAACUUAUCUCGGUUUGUUGGUUUUUCGAAGAUUUGGGUGCUCCUCAGUCGUCCCUACUGAUAUUUUUUGUGAUAACCGCAGUGCUAUUCAAAUCGCCCAUAAUGAUGUGUUUCAUGAACGCACCAAACACAUUGAGCUUGAUUGUCACUUUGUUCGGCAACGUAUCCUUAUUGAUGCUGUUCGUCUCAUUGCUGUUGGAACACUAG